GAAUGCGGUGUGUGUUAUACUCUAGUUAGUCAUAUGAUCCAGAUUACGGCAUAAACGUUUUCUUGGAAGCAAGCUAAUCCUGCCAUUGCAUUAAAAAAAAUCCUGAGAAUACAAAUCAAAGAAACUCGGGGUUGACCAAAAGAAAGAAGGAACAACAGUGAGGAGAAAUGGUAUAUGCUCAAUUUAUUCUAUAUACUCAGAAUAUAUAACUUUGACAAUUACUAUUAUAUACAUGCUCCUUACAAUCAUAAAUAAAUAUCUGGUGCUUAGGAUAGGAAAUUUGGUCAAACUUGGGAAGUUCCAACCAUCAAUAAUCACAAAUAUUUAGUUCUUCUGAAAAAAAUAGUUAUAUGAUUUAUCUCGAAAGUAUUAUCAUAAUAUGUCAUAAAGUUGUUGCAAAUAAAAUUGAUUGUCGAAAUUUUUUAAUUUUGACUUAAUCUUUUCAUAAGCGUCAAAUAUUUAUAACUAGAAAGUAUUACGCUGUUUUUUUUCUGAAGUAAAGCAUCAUUAUUAGUAGUAGUACGGUAGUACUAGUGUUUAUCCUUAGCUCGCAAAUAAACUCACGUACAACCGCAACGAUGGCCACGGCAGCUACGACGACGACGGGCGGCGAUGUCCAGAUACCGAUUGGACAGCAGGCCACCGUCGCCGCCACCGCCACUGCCACGAGCGAUGGGAUCCGGGAUAGCCCCGGCACGUCGAGCCCCUUCCGUGGCGGCGGCGGCAGCACCACCCCCACCCCGCAGCGGCCGGUGAAGGCCGGGUCCUCCUCCUCUCCACCACCGCCGCCGACGACGGCCAUGGACAAGACGCUGUCCAGUGUAGCGAACCUCGCGAAGCUCCUGCCGACGGGCACGGUGCUGGCGUUCCAGUCGCUGUCACCGUCGUUCACCAACCGCGGCGCGUGCCUCACGUCCAACCGGUACCUCACCGCGGCGCUCCUCUACCUGUGCGUCCUCUCCUGCAUCUUCUUCUCCUUCACCGACAGCUUCGUCGGUGGAGACGGGAAGCUCUACUACGGCGUGGCGACGGCCAAGGGUUUCCUCGUGUUCAACUACGACGCUGGCAGCAGCAGCGACGGCGACGACGACGACCAGCGGCGGCGGAGGGAGGUGUUCAAGGACCUCCGCAGGCUGAGGAUACGGUGGGUGGACUACGUGCACGCGGUGUUCACGGCGUUGGUCUUCAUGACCGUGGCGUUCAGCAGCACCGCCGUGCAGAGCUGCUACUUCCCCGAGGCCGGCGACAACGUGAAGCAGCUGCUCACCAACCUUCCCCUCGGCGCCGGCUUCCUGUCCACCACCGUCUUCCUCGUCUUCCCGACCACGCGCAAAGGGAUCGGAUAUGGCGGCCAGUCCACCAAUUAACGUACGUGCAAUCGCCUAGCUAGCUACAAGGCUUGCUUUACUUGUGCAGUGAUGCUAAUUAAUUAUAUAUUGUUGUUGGCCAAGCCUUUCAUUUGGUGUAGCGUGCACGUGUGCAACUUUUCCAUGUGCACUAGUCAUGUAAAGCAGUUUAGUUUGUCACGAUUUGUGUUAUGCGCAUAUGAUUCUUUGCAAUUGCACCGAAGAUGCACGCACGAUUAAUUCGGUUUACGGUUUUGCUAUAAAUGAUAGAUUGUUAAUUUUCGCUUCAAA